AUGACAAAAGUCGUUCUGGAGGGUGGCAAGGAGAUCCUGAUACGGGAUAUUCAAGAUGAUUUUUCGUUCCUAGAACUGAUAGACCGGGUUGACACCUUUCCGCUGGAUUAUAGCCACAAUAUUCACUUCCAACAAAAUGUAUACUCUGUAAAGGCUCAUCAUGGGGAGGAUGUAGGUUUCGUGCUAAAAAGCGUCGUCCAGAAAAUGCUUCAAUUGGCUGAUGUGGAGUUCAAUGCCGUCUUUGACAUCCAAAGGGGGGACAGACAGUCAAUCUGCUUUAAAUCUCAUACUUUUGAAACUCGAAACGAUAACCUCAAUGCUUUGGCUACUAAAUUGAGGGCCCAAAAUGCUUUCGAAUGUCUUUUAGGCUGGAGAAAUGAAUUCUACAGCGUUUAUUGCAACCGAAAACCGUACGUACUGGUGGAGAGAGCUUUUUCUGGACUUCUUGGAAUUAUCACCUACGGGGUGCAUGUGAACGGAUAUACCAGAGAUCCUGUCUCCGGGAUUGUCAAGAUUUGGGUUCCACGCAGGUCAGCCACCAAAGCUACCUGGCCAUCAAUGUUGGACAAUAUCGUGGCCGGUGGUCUGGGCUAUCCGCAUGGGGUAUACGAGACCGUAGUGAAGGAGAGUUUGGAAGAAGCUAACUUGCCGCAGGAGUUCAUUGAGUCUCGCAUCAGACCUGUCGGGGCCGUUUCAUAUUUUUAUUUCCAGGGGAACAUUGAAGAAGACAAGUUCCAAACUGAAGAAUCCCUGAUAACAGGCGAAGUUGAGUAUCUUUACGAUCUGGAAUUACCACCAGAAGUCAUCCCACACCCUAACGAUGAUGAAGUGGAAAGCUUCAAGCUAAUGACCUUACAAGAAACGAUUGAUGCUUUAAAAAGUUUUGAGUUCAAGCCCAACUGCGCUUUGGUUAUGUUGGAGUUCUUAAUCAGACACGGGUACAUCCACUCUGAAAAUGAACCCAAUUUGUUGGAAAUUAUGAACAGAAUUCAUCGCUCUCUCCCAUUUCCUGUACGGAGCUAA